AUGUGGCGUUGGGCAUCAGCCAGCACGUGGACACACGUGGAAUUGAGCGUGCACCUGUCUCAGGACUGGCCCACUGGUGUGAAGGUGGCCCUCUACUUGAUCGGACUGCUCUACUGCUUUCUGGGAGUGGCCAUCAUUGCCGAUGUUUUCAUGGCCUCCAUCGAGAAAGUCACAUCAGUGAAGAAGCAGAUCACAAACAAGGAUACAGGCAAAAAGACUACCGUGAAGGUAUGGAAUGACACGGUGGCCAACUUGACGCUCAUGGCUUUGGGCUCUAGUGCUCCUGAAAUCUUGUUGAGCAUCAUUGAGCUGGCAGGUGCAAACUUCUACUCUGGGUCUCUUGGUGCGUCUACUAUCGUUGGCAGUGCUGCCUUUAACCUUCUCGGCAUCACUGCUGUCUGCAUCGCAGCCCUUCCGGACGGCGAGAUCAAGUUGAUCAAAGACCGGAAAGUGUUCGCCAUCACCGGCACUUUCUCCGUAUUUGCUUACUUGUGGCUCCUCAUUAUCCUCAUGGCCUUCUCACAGGACAUGGUUGACCCUUGGGAAGGGGUCGUGACUUUUCUCUUCUUCCCCCUACUGGUGGUUCUCUCGUACAUGGCAGAUAUCGGUGUGUUCGGCAAGACUCGCGAACCCAGCAGUCACAUUGUUUGGUCAGAGGCUACACCGGAGCAGCUGGCUGAACUCAUGAUGCAAGUGCGGCGCGAUUUUGGCGAUAAUCUGAACCAAGAGCAGGUCCUGGCAGCCCUGCACUACGAGAGCCACAAGCGGCGCAGCCGCGCCCAGUAUCGUGUUGCGGCUGUUAGAGACAUCUCAGCGGGAAAGAAGGUUCUGGGUAUCAACGACAAAUUCCGAGAACAAUUGGAAGCCACGAAGGCACUGGGCAGAAUCACCAAUGAGACGAACAGACCUGUCAAGGCCGGUCCGAUUGUUGAGUUCCUCUCGUCCCAGUACUCAGUCCUUGAGAGUGUCGGCACUGCGAAGUUUGGCUUAACCCGCUCGGGCGACUGUAACGUUCCUGUGACAGUACUCUGGCGCACUCGAUGUGGCAGUGCCCAAGCCGGGAAAGACUUCAAAAUGCAGGAGGGUAACAUCCUCUUCGAAGAAGGUGAGACUGAAAAGGUGAUUGAAGUUGAAAUCAUUGACGAUGAUCUGUAUGAAGAUGAUCAGGAGUUCUACAUGGAGAUCUGCUCAGCGGUGGCCACCGGCAACGCGGAAGCCAGUAUCGGCGAGAAGAAGGAAGCAACUGUAGUGAUUGUCGAUGAUGACCUUCCAGGCAUCAUUGGUUUUGUGAACGAAGAGAUCAAAGUAGAGGAGAGCCCGCAGAAACAACAAGUUGAGAUCAAGAUCCGACGGAAGAUGGGUGCCUCAGGAGCUGUCACGUGCAAAUACAGAACCGAAGAUGCAUCCGCCAAAGCAGGACCUGACUACUCGAAGUUGGAGGGCGAGUUGGAGUUUGCUGCAGGACAGAUGGAGGCCUCACUUUACGUAGACAUUAUGCCAAAGGGACGCUAUGAAAGCACGGAGAAGUUCAGGGUGAUCCUGGAAGAGCCCUCUGGAGGAGUUCGCUUUGACUCAAGCACGGAUGGUGGUAGCGAGUCCUGCGUGUGCACCGUGUGGAUCUUGGCCGAUGUGUCGCACAAGCCCUUUAUGGACAAGAUUGUGUCAACAUUGUCCCCAAACUGGGACGAAGUAUCUCUGGGCAAUGCGGCCUGGUUGGACCAGUUCUUUCAAGCGCUCUACUGUGGUGGUGACAAAGAGGAACAAAGCAAAUCGUCAUGGUUUGAGUUUGUGCUACACCUGCUUUCCUUUCCGUGGAAAGUGGUCUUUGCUCUCGUGCCGCCAACCGAGUACUGUGGUGGUUGGCUUUGCUUCGUUAUUGCAUUGGUAAUGAUUGGUUGUGUGACCAUCAUCAUUGGCGAUUUGGCCUCUCUUCUUGGCUGUGCAAUGAAUAUCAACGACCUCCAGACAGCAAUCACGCUUGUGGCCAUGGGCACCUCGUUGCCAGACACAUUUGCAUCCAGAACGGCAGCCAGACAGGAUGAAUACGCUGAUGCUAGCAUUGGAAAUAUCACUGGAAGCAACUCCGUGAACGUUUUCCUUGGCAUUGGCUUACCGUGGAUGAUUGGUGCCAUCUACUGGAGCAUACAAGGAGCUACUCCAGAAUGGCAGGCUACAUAUCCAGGGCUGGUGAACACCUAUCCCGACGGCGGAUUCUACGUCGGCGCCACGUUGUCGUUUGCAUGCCUGCUCCGUCUGAUACAAUGGAGUGAGGUACGCAAGUAA